AACUCGCCAACUCCGCCCUCCCGCGGGAUCCCGGAGCCCUAGCCUGCCCCCGGGACCAGGCCGCCCGAGCCGCGCGGCGAGCGAACAUGGCAGCAGAAUGAGAAGGCUGGCCCCAGGUCGUGGCCGCCGCCGCCGCCGCCGCGCUGCAGCUCCAGAUACACGCCCGGCGCCCUCCGAGCCUCCAGCUUAGCCGGCCUCCUGCUGGCCGCCGGUGCAUUUCAUUCGGAGCGGCGGGCGGGGAGGAAGGGGACCCCCGCAGCCCGGCCGGUCCGGGCUCUGGCAGUGUGUCGAGGCUCCUGCGUGCGACUCGCAGGCUGCGGAAACGACGCGGGAGAGAGCCGGUCCCGGCUGCGGCGGCGCGGGCGCGGGGAUGAGCCGGCCAUGGAGCGACCUCGGCGGGGCGCACGCAGCCGGCCCGCGCUGCGGCGGGAACGCCGCCUGAGCCCGGGCUCCGCGGGGCUUCGGGGCCUCGGGUGCGCCGGGGGGGGUCCCUGCCGCCGCCUCCGGGAAGGACGGGAGCCCCGCGUGGCGGACACUGCAGCAGUCACCGUACUGAGGCGCCCGAGGCUGCUCCGCCUGCGGCUCCGUGCGCUCUGGGCACCCGGGCGCCUGGCCCGGUGCACGGCGGCUGGCGCACCGCGGCGAGCCGGCUUCGGGACUGGCUAGAGGGCUGUGCGUGCGCGUGUUCGACCGGAGAUCCGAGCUAAAAGCAGAACCAGGCGGGCCGGAGCAGCCAUGCUUCCCGGGGUGGGCGUGUUCGGCACCAGCCUCACGGCCCGUGUCAUCAUCCCGCUGCUGAAAGACGAGGGCUUCGCCGUGAAGGCGCUCUGGGGCCGCACGCAGGAGGAAGCGGAGGAGCUGGCCAAGGAGAUGAGCGUCCCCUUCUACACCAGCCGCAUUGACGAGGUGCUGCUGCAUCAGGACGUGGACUUGGUGUGCAUCAACCUGCCGCCGCCCCUCACCAGGCAGAUCGCAGUCAAGACCCUGGGCAUCGGCAAGAACGUCAUCUGCGACCGCACGGCCACGCCGCUGGACGCCUUCCGCAUGAUGUCGGCCGCCCACUACUACCCCAAGCUCAUGAGCAUCAUGGGCAACGUGCUGCGCUUCCUGCCGGCCUUCGUGCGCAUGAAGCAGCUCAUCGAGGAGGGCUACGUGGGCGAGCUGCUGGUGUGCGAGGUGCAGGUGCACGGCGGCAGCCUGCUGGGCAAGAAGUACAACUGGAGCUGCGACGACCUGAUGGGCGGCGGCGGCCUGCACUCGGUGGGCACCUACAUCAUCGACCUGCUCACCUUCCUCACUGGCCAGAAGGCUGUUAAGGUCCACGGGCUGCUCAAGACCUUCGUGAAGCAGACUGACCACAUCAAGGGCAUCCGCCAGAUCACCAGCGACGACUUCUGCACCUUCCAGAUGGUGCUGGAGGGCGGCGUGUGCUGCACCGUCACCCUCAACUUCAACGUGCCGGGCGAGUUCAAGCAGGACGUGACCGUGGUGGGCUCAGCCGGGCGCCUGCUGGCGGUGGGCACCGACCUGUACGGGCAGCGCAACAGCGCCCCGGCGCAGGAGCUGCUGGUGCAGGACGCCACGCCCGUCAGCAACUCCCUGCUGCCCGAGAAGGCCUUCAGCGACAUCCCCUCGCCCUACCUGCGCGGCACCAUCAAGAUGAUGCAGGCCGUGCGCCAGGCCUUCCAGGACCAGGACGACCGGCGCACGUGGGACGGGCGACCGCUCACCAUGGCCGCCACCUUCGACGACUGCCUGUACGCCCUGUGCGUGGUGGACACCAUCAAGCGGUCCAGCCAGACGGGCGAGUGGCAGGACAUCGCGGUGAUGACAGAGGAGCCCGAGCUCAGCCCCGCCUACCUGAUCAGCGAGGCCAUGCGCCGCAGCCGGAUGUCCCUGUACUGUUAGCCCAGACUGGGGACCCAGCGCGACCUAGGGCUCCCUCCUGGGGCCCAGAGAGGGGGAGAGGCUGGGGGAGAGGUGGCCUCGAGGA